AAAAAGAAAUACAAAAUAAAAGAGGAAGAAGUUGGAGUUGAAGUGGAAGUGGAAGUUGAAGUUGAAGUUGAAGUUGAAGUUGCCUUGAUCAUCAUCAUCAUCAUCUUCAACAUCGCAGAAGAAAUAGGUAAUUAGAUUAUAAGAGGAUGGGAAGUUCGAUUCUGGAGGCCCUGAACGUGCGCGUGGAGGGCUCAGGGGAGAAGUACCUGGUCCUGGCGCACGGCUUCGGCACGGACCAAUCGGCGUGGCAGCGCGUGCUCCCCUACUUCACCCGCCACUACAGCGUCAUUCUCUACGACCUCGUAUGCGCCGGCAGCGUCAACCCCGACCACUUCGACUACCGCCGCUACACCACCCUCGACGCCUACGUCGACGACCUCCUCAACAUCCUCCUCGCCCUCCGCGUCCCCCGCUGCGCCUACGUCGGCCACUCCAUCUCCGCCAUGAUCGGCAUGCUCGCCUCCAUCCGCCGCCCCGACCUCUUCUCCAAGCUCAUCCUCAUCGGCGCCUCCCCCAGAUUCCUCAACGAUAAGGACUACCACGGGGGGUUCGAGCAGGGGGAGAUCGAGCAAGUCUUUUCCGCAAUGGAAGCCAACUACGAGGCCUGGGUCAACGGCUUCGCGCCGCUCGCCGUCGGGGCCGAUGUUCCCGCCGCGGUCCGGGAGUUUUCUCGGACGCUCUUCAACAUGCGGCCCGACAUCUCGCUGUUCGUGUCGCGGACCGUCUUCCACAGCGACCUUCGGGGGAUCCUAGGUCUGGUUAACGUGCCGUGUUGCAUUAUGCAGACGGCACGUGACAUGUCCGUGCCCGCCAGCGUGGCGACCUACAUGAAGGAGCACCUGGGCGGGAAGAGCACCGUGCAGUGGCUGGACACGGAGGGCCACCUCCCGCAUCUCAGCGCUCCUUCCUACCUCGCUCGCCAGUUGGAGAUAGCGCUUUCCGAGUAGCCAAGCGCGUGGCAGUGGCAGUGGCAGUGGCGAGUGGGUGUUGUUAAGUAAUUACGGGGGUAGCUAGACUAGGCUAGAACCCACACGGGCUCAACAAAGAACAAGUGUACGAAAGGCUCCCAAACUUGACACCUGCCCAAUAACGUGUGGGUGUUGCUUCUUACACUUUCGGAUUUUUAUUUCAGGAUAAGAAUCUGCACGUGAUCUCUGCGUGCCCAUUUUUAGUAUUUCUUUUCGUUCUUGUGCUUUUUUCUUUUUUUAAGGGCAAAGAAAAAAAAAAAAAAAAAAAAAAAAAAAAAAAAAAAAAAAAAAAGAGAAGGAUGAGGGAGACUUGUUAUUAUUGUUUGUGGCUAUUAUUAUUAUUAUUAUUAUUAUAAAGGUGUUGUUUAUUUUGUUGGGUUGCUAAAUAACUGCAUUAAGUGAGACAGGUGAAAAGAAAUGAAAUGAUUUUGAAUUAUGUGACA